AUCUGCGCUGCUCUGUGACGCAGUGUACUUCGGAUCGCGAAACCGAUCGAAGCGACGAACAUUCUAGUCUACGAGUUUCCGAGUGGAGCAUAUGUUGUUCAUAUGUCACGACGAAGGCUUCAGUUUCUUGUGUAAUUCGCGAUGGUUCGAUCGUUCAGUUUUAUCUUGAUUAUUGGGUUCUUGUAUCGUGCAACAGGCGAAGGACUAGAAGUUGCUUUUCAAUGGAAAUAUUUGGAUUGGACCUGGCCGAAUGUUCAUUUGACGGGAAGAAAUCAGACGCUGGGUAACGCGUUUACCCAGGAUGUGGACAUCGAUAGAUAUGGUCGUGUAUUCGUAACAAGUCCUCAGUGGUUGGAUGGUGUACCGAUUAGCUUGUCGUUGGUAACGACUGCCUCUGGUUUCGGUGGUCCUUUACUGAUCCCGUAUCCCGAUUGGACCUGGCACACGCCAUACAGUUGUGACAGCAUAAUAUCUGUGUAUAGGUUGGCGAUAGACGAAUGCAAUCGUUUGUGGGUUGUGGAUACUGGUCACAUCGGAGGAAAUGCUGUUUGUCCUUCGAAAAUAUUGAUCUUCGAUCUUGCGAACGAUCAGUUGGUCCAUAAAUACGUGGUUCCGGGUGAUCAAGUGCUGUACGGGAAGGCAGCAUUAGUUACGCCAAUCGUCGAUGUCGGAAAAACAUGUUUCGAUACUUAUCUGUACGUGGCGGAUGUGGAUCAAAAUGGCCUACUGAUUUAUGACUUAUAUCACGAUUAUUCAUGGCGAGUAAACAACACGCGUGGCAAUGCUUUUGGCCCGGAUGACGAUGCCAUGAACAUUACGAUCGCUGGAGAAUCGUUCGAUUUAACGGAUGGUACUCUCGGAAUGUCAUUGUCGCCAAUUGGAUUUUUCGACAAAAGGUAUCUUUACUUCAAUUCGUUGGCCAGCUAUCGACAAAAGUUUACGAAUACCUACUCUUUAAAGGAAAGUAAAUACAGCGAACCAAUAGUGUUCGAAUCGAACUAUAAGCGAGCAAGCCAAGCGGGUGUUCAAGCAACGUCGCGAAGAGGCGUAAUAUUUUUCCAAUUAGUCCAAUUAACGGCAGUCGCUUGCUGGAACAUUGAGAAACCAUUUACACCGGAAAACGUCGUGGUAAUUGCUCAAGAUGAGGAGACGCUGCAGUACGUGAGUGGCAUUAAAGUAAUUAGAAACAGACGGGGCGAAGAAGAGUUGUGGUUCAACACAAACAGGUUACAAAAGACGAUAAACAUGACCCUGAAACCUACUGAAACGAAUUUCCGUAUAAUCAGAGGGAAAGUCGAUGAUAUUAUCAGAGGGACGAAUUGCGAGCCUUCUGGCAUAAAACACAGAUUUCCGGAUACCAACUUCUGGCACCGGAUAUGAAUCGAAUAAAUUGCAUUAUCCCAAUCAAAUUCAAUUCACCAGAUCCUACCUACGUAUCCUUUCGUAUGAUCGCAAAAUCAUACGAGCGAUAAAGUGUAUUUCUCAUCUGUAAUGUAACUUAAUCACAAAUAGGGAACAUAUAAGUAAAAUUUCUAUUCGAACAAGA